AUGAAGUCCUUCAUCGCCGCCACCUUCGUCGCUGCAGCCGCUGCCCAGGCCGGCACAACUGAACCACUCCGCUUCACCGGUUUGGCCCAAGGGCCCUCUGGCACCCUUCUCAACGCCGGCGUCAUCAACGCCAACGGCGGCUCCUUCUGGAUCGGCAAGGACACAGUCACCAGCGUCCCAGCAAACACAGAUUCUCACUCCGUCAUCGGCCAAAGCAACACCAAGAACGGCAACACCACCAUCUUCACCUACCUCAACAGCCAGAGCACCUUCAACCUCGACGUGGUCGUUCCACGAGGCCAGGCCGUCUUCGUCAGCCUGCCCGGCGGCAAGCUUAAAUUCACUAAGGGUAACCAUGCUGCUGCAGGGCGUUCACUUACACACGGCUUCGCGAAUGUUUACGAUGCGACGUUGAAGUUUGAGGGGAAGGGGUGGCUGGGCUGUGGAAAUGAUGCUACUGGGUAUGAGAUCUUUGCUGCGAGCAGAGCGCCGGCCAAUAAGGCUGGAUGCCAGCGGUUCUCGUGGAAGUUGAAGCAGGUUGAUGCUGUGGUCGAUGGUGGCCCAAGCCAGGCAUACCAGUACGUCUAG